GGGGCCGGGCGCAGCCAUUGGCCGGCCGGAGAGUGACGUCACCCGCAUGACACCCUGAUAACGAGUUGGGAGAGACUCCCCAACUUUUCGCAGGAGGAGCGCGCGCCUGCGGCGGGAGCUGCACGCCGGAGGGAGAGGGUUCCGGGCCGCCUCCACCGCCGCCGCCUCCCCGGUCACAGCCGCAGCCCCCGGUGUGUGCGCAGCCGGGCAGGGCGGCCGCGGGGCGCCGCGGACUCUGCAGGUCGCCCGGGAAGGUGGAGGGGCGAGCAGGGGCGGGGAGCCUCCGCACCAGACCGAGACCGAGACCGAGACCGAGCCCCAGCGGCGCGGGCCGGAGCGCGCGGCCCCGCGGACCAUGGUGCAGCAGCCGGCGGAGGGCGCGGGCGCCGAGGGCCGCCUGCCCCGCGAGGCGCCGGACACGGAGGAGGGCGAGUUCGCGGCCGGCAGCCCCGCGGGCCUGGACGAGGGCGACCCGGACUGGUGCCGCACGGCGUCGGGCCACAUCAAGCGGCCGAUGAACGCCUUCAUGGUGUGGUCCAAGAUCGAGCGGCGCAAGAUCAUGGAGCAGGCGCCCGACAUGCACAACGCCGAGAUCUCCAAGCGCCUGGGCAAGCGCUGGAAGCUGCUCCCGGACGGCGACAAGGUGCCGUUCAUCCGCGAGGCCGAGCGGCUGCGCCUCAAGCACAUGGCCGACUACCCCGACUACAAGUACCGGCCGCGCAAGAAGCCCAAGGCGGACCCGGCGCGGCCCGGCCCGAGCCCCGACAAGAGCGCGGCGGCGGGCGGCGCCCGGGCGGCCCGGGGCCCCGGCGGCAGGAAGGGCAGCGCCAGGCCCAGGCCGCCCGCGGGCCCCGGCGCCAGGGCGGGCGCGGGCCGGGCGGCGCCGGGCGCGGACCCGGGCGCGGGGGGCGCGGCCAGGGCGCUCCGGGGCGCGUUCCCGGACGAGGACGACGACGACGACGAGGACGCCGACGAGCUGCCGCCGCCGCUGCGCCUCCAGCGGGAGCCGGACGAGGACGAGGACCCGCCGCCGCCGCUGCCGCCCCCGGGCCGGGCGCCCCCGCCGGCGCGGAGCCGCUCCAGCGCCGCCAAGGUGCCCGCCAGCCCCACGCUGGGCGCGGCCGAGCCCCCCGAGGGCGCCAGCCUGUACGAGGAGGUGCGCGCCGGCCCGGGCGCGGGCGGCCGCCGCUACUACAGCUUCAAGGACAUCACCAAGCAGCACCCGCCCGCGCGCCCCGUCUCCAUCGCCGCCGCCGGGGCCGGCGACGACGCGGACGACCUCCUGUUCGACCUGAGCCUGAACCUGGCGGCGGGCGCGGCGGGCGCGGGCGGCGAGCAGCCGGGCGGCGCGGCGGGCGGCCUGGCCCUGUCCCUGGUGGACAAGGACCUGGACUCGCUCAGCGAGGGCAGCCUGGGCUCGCAUUUCGACUUCCCCGACUACUGCACGCCCGAGCUCAGCGAGAUGAUCGCGGGCGACUGGCUGGAGGCCAACUUCUCCGACCUGGUCUUCACCUACUGAGCGCCCGCCCGCCCCUGGCCUCCCCGCGCCCCCGCCCCGCCCGGCCCGGGUCCCUCCCGGGGAGGCGGCCGGCGGGAGCGGAGAGGAUGCUCACCCGACCUGCCGCCGGGACAAAGGGGGAGGGGAGAGCAUGGGGACGUGUGGGGGCGUUUCAGUGAAAUGAGUAUAGUUUUUGUUUUUUUUUGUUUUCCCCCAAGGGUUUUUCCUCCCUUCCCCCCCAAGGGUUUUCCUUCCUUUUUUUUUUGCUCCCCCCCCCCACCUUUGUCGUGUCUCGAGGUAGUUGCACCCCUAGUCCCGAGCUGUGAUUUCUUUCUCUUUUUUUUUUUCUUACCCGCCCCCCCUUGAAAAGGUGUUUUUGGAACGGCGAUUUCUCUCUUUCCUGAAAUCCGUGAUUUGCAACAAAGGCUGCGGCGGGGCGGGCGCGGGGGCCCCGCGGGAGGCGCGGUUCGGGCUUGCUGGCCCUGUUCGGACCCGGACCCGCAGGCAGCUCCGCGGCUCGCCAGGGGGGUGGUUGGAGAAUAUUUUUGUGGGUUUUUUUUUUUUUUUUCCUUAAGAAAUCUUAGAGAAUUGGUGGUUUGUUUUUGGGUUGUUUUUUUUUUUUUAAGAAAACAAACACACAAAAUAAGACAAAAAAGGGACCAUUGCAACUUUAUUUUAUUUUGUUUUGGAGGGAGAAAGCUGAUGUCUUCUAUGCAUCCGAUUCUUCACAAAAAGCUGCAGGGAGCU